AUGUAUCGAAAGAGGCAGGAGGUCUUGCCUCCUGCCAACGCCUCACCUGGAAAAGGUGGAGAGAAUGGACUCAGCUCUCCUGCCCUCGGGCAAAACCACUUGGAACCAGGGCAGCCUGACUCCAGAGCAGGCAGUGAGGAAGGUCUGGUGAUGGACCACAGAGUGGGAUGUGGCCCCAGUGCGCCUGCCUUUGGGAUCUGCAGAGCUCCGAUGGGAGAGAUGCCCCACUGGUGCUUGGAAUGUGGGAAGAACUUUGCCCAAAAGGCAGAGUUAGAAAAGCACGGUCUGAACCACACUGGGCAAUGCACAUACAUUUGCGGGGACUGUGGAAGGAGCUUGAUGGAGCAUGUUGCUCUCGCCACUGGUCAGGGAGCCUGCCUGGCAGGGAAUGCCAGCAACCACAUCAGCUGCAGGAAGAGGGUUUCACCUCUGUCGAGCGAGACUGUCGUGCAGAGGAAAGAGCGGAAGGAGCUCUCCCUGCAAGAGAAGGUCCGGGUGCUGGAGAUGCUGGAAGGACCCAAGGUCUCCCAGAGCGAACUGGCCAAGAGGUUUGGGGUCUCCCAGCCCCAGAUCUGCCGCAUCAUCAAGAACAAAGAGCGCAUCCUGGCCGAGUGGUGCAAGAACGGCAACCCAGGGCGCAAGCGCAAGCUAGAGGAGAAGACCAUGUCUGGUGAGGUGGCCCUUUUGCAGUGGUUUGAGCACAGGUGUGUGUCCAGCACCCCUGCCAAUGGGAUGCAUUUGCAAGAGAAGGCUGGAGAUCUCUCAAAGAUGUUCAGGAGGAAGCCAGAGCUGGAGGCAGGCCUGGGUUGGUUGCGUGGUUUCAAAGCUAGGCAGAAAGCGGCGUGUGGAAGACCUCUGGAGGAGAACAGUGAGGAUCUGGAGGAUGAGGGCUGGGAAAACAACGUCCUGCCCUACAUUCUAAACAAAUAUGACCCCCGUGACAUCUACGCCUGCGGGGAGGCUGGCAUCCUGUUUCGAGCUACCCCAGAAGGCCUAGCUUGGGACAGCGGAGAGGGAGCCAAGGACCAGCUCACUGUCUUGCUCUGCACCAAUCUGGAUGCUUCAGACAAGAGGGACGCCCUGAUUGUCGGCAAGGCACGAAGGCCAUUUGGCUUCCAAGGCGUUGACAGGGAGGACCUGUUGCCUGUCACCUACAGAGCUGAUAGCAAGGCAUGGAUGACAGCGGCCAUCUUCACUGAGUGGCUCCAGAAAUUCAACGAGGACAUGAAACAAACAGACAGGAGCGUGGUGCUGUUUUUGGUCCCAUGUGCAGCGCAUCCCGACACUGAGCUCUCUCAUACCAAGAUGGUUUUCAUGCCUCCUGGCUCUUCUCGCAUCCAUCCUCUUGAGCAUGGGCUGGUCCAGAACUUCAAAUGCCACUACCGGAGGAGGAUGCUUCUUCGCCUCCUUGCCGUGCUCGACAGCAGAUCCCCCGUUCCUGCAAGCGAACUCUCAAAGCACCUGACUCUUUUGGACGCUGUUCAUAUGAUAGUCCAAGCCUGGUUAGAUGUCUGUCCACAGACCAUCACAAGCUGUUUCCAAGCUGCGGGCUUUGGCUUGGCUCUCCGCAUCCCAGCUCCUCCCAUGGACGUGGUCCAAGCCCUGGGGUUCAAGGACCGGCAACAAUUUGAACAGUUUGUGCUGGUCGAUGAGGAGCUGGAGUGUUUUGGAGACCAGGAGGGUGCUGAAAUACUCCAAGGGGUUCAAGAACCAGCCUGUGCAGCUGCAGAGGAAGAGAAGGCGGAGAACUUGCCCUGCCCUUCCAAGGCAGAAGUCAUGGAGAGCCUGGCCACACUGAGGCGCUAUUUUGAGUGCCACUCGGUAUCCUCAACCGUCUUCCAGACCUUCUACAAGCUGGAGGAUGUGGUUCAUGGAAUAUCUCUGGCUAAUAUGCAAGUAUUAAGGGCAAAAGCCUUGAACAAAGAAGGACUCUGA